AUGAAUCUGGUUCUGGACCAUCUGGCUCAGAGCCAUGGCUCUGCUGGUUACAGAAGGCGGAAGGAGGGGGCAGUGAAGGCUGCGCAUGCGCAGAAGGAAAGCGGGGACAGUGUCUCAGGAAGAGUGAUUAUUGAAGUCACCGGAGAAAUCCGUGUGAAAUCACUCAAAAUCAACGCAAAAGGAUUUGCAAAAGUUCGUUGGACUGAAUCAAGAAAUGCUGGCUCCAACACUGCCUACACGCAGAACUACACAGAAGAAGUGGAAUAUCUAAAUCAUAAAGAUAUCUUAAUUGGACACGAAAGAGAUGAUGACAAUUCUGAAGAAGGCCUCACCACUAUCCCCUCGGGAAGACACGAGUAUGCAUUCAGCUUGGAUCUUCCACAGACACCCCUGGCUACCUCCUUUGAAGGAAAGCAUGGCAGUGUGCGGUACUGGGUAAAAGCAGAACUCCACAGGCCAUGGCUCCUGCCCAUGAAGACCAAGAAGGAAUUUACAGUUUUUGAGCACAUAGACAUCAACACUCCUUUACUGCUGUCACCACAGGCAGGAACAAAAGACAAGACUCUUUGCUGUUGGUUCUGCACCUCAGGUCCUAUUUCCCUAAGUGCCAAAAUAGAAAGGAAAGGUUAUACCCCAGGAGAGUCAAUCCAGAUUUUUGCUGAGAUCGAGAACUGCUCCUCACGUAUGGUCGUGCCCAAAGCAGCCAUCUACCAGGCCCAAACCUUUUAUGCCAAAGGAAAGAUGAAAGAGGUCAAACAGCUGGUGGCUAACCUGCGUGGCGAGUCCCUUUCUUCUGGAAAAACUGAAACGUGGAACGGCAAGAUGCUGAAGAUUCCACCUGUCUCUCCUUCCAUCCUGGAUUGCAGCAUUAUUAGAGUGGAGUACUCUCUGAUGGUGUAUGUGGACAUACCUGGUGCGAUAAACCUGUCUCUCAACCUGCCUCUUGUGAUUGGAACCAUCCCUCUCCACCCGUUUGGCUCUCGCACCUCCAGUGUGAGCAGCCAGUGCAGCAUGAGUUGGUUGGGUAUGGGACUGCCUGAGAGGCCUGAAGCCCCGCCUAGCUAUGCUGAAAUUGUAACUGAAGAACAGAGGCGGGAUGUUUCAACGGCUCGCGAGGAGCUGGAGGGUCAUCUGUUUGCCUACAUUCACGAGUUCCGCUUUCAACCACCUCCACUUUACUCUGAGAUUGAUCCAAAUCCCGAUCGAUCCAGUUGCACUGAGGAGCGCAGACUGGAUAGCUGUCCAUCACGUUGA